AUGAAUAAAACUAUUAUAACUAAACCAAUAAAAGAACCUGAAUUAUUUGAUUUAAAUAAUCAAUUAAAAAUAUGGGCUAUCAAUAUGUAUCAUUUAACUGCAACAAAAGAACAAAAAAAAUAUGAUCCAAUUGAAUUAAUAAUACGUAUCAUAUGGGAUGAUAUAAAUGUGAAUAAUGAUAAACCAGAAUAUUAUAAUGUAAAUAUUAAAAAAUUACCUAAAUUAAAUGUAUUAUUUUCAACAACUUAUAAAAAUAAUACAGAUUUUGAACAAGAAUAUCAUUUUCGUACAGAACGUUGUACACGUUCAUUAAUUGAAAUUGAAUUACAAAAAGGUAUUAUAUUAACCAAUGAAUUAUCAUUAAAAUUAUCGUUACCUAAUUCAAUUAUGGAAGCCAAUGCUGGAUUUAAACAUGAAAUUUCAAUUGGAUCAUCAACAAGACAAUCAACUGAAGAAGAACUUGCUUGGGGUGUAGAUACACGUAUUACAGUACCACCAAGACAUUCUGCUUCCGCUGAAGUAAAAAUUGAAGAAGAAGAAAUGAAUUGUUGUUUUCGUUUAAAAACUUCAAUGUAUGGACGUAUUCGUGUAUUAUUCUUAGAUCCUAUUCAUGAUAAUACAUUAAUUAAAUAUCUUGAAGGUGAUUUAGGUACAAUUAUACAAGAUACAUUAAAAUCUGAUCGUUUUAAAGAUAAUAAUUCUAAUGAAAAUUUCUAUUUAUGGACUGAAUCCAUGUUAAAAUCAAAUCAACGUAUAUUUUAUAUAGAAACAUUAGGAAAAUGUAAAUUUCGUUUUGGUAUACAUCAAUCAGUUGAAGUAAAUCAAAAAGAGCAUAUAGAAAUGAAUCAUAAUAAUUGAUAGUUGCUAUGGCAACUAUCAUAGGAUUCUAUGAUGUUGAUCAGAAAAAAAAAAGAAAAAAAAGAAAAAGGAAACAAUCCAAUUCAAGUGCAUUUCAAUUGAUCUUUUUAUGAUUAAUCUAUUGAAACCCAUAUGUAUAAAGAAGAAUAUCUCAUUAUUGAUUAUUGUGUUCCAUUUCUUUUUUUUUUUCAAUUGAAU